CAGUGCUCAAGUCCCCCGUUCCCCAGUUGGCAGAUACUUAACAAUCAUAAAAGAUUGUUUUAGACAUUAUCAAUUAAGCCCUUUUAUAGAGGUGAAAGGAGAAAGGCAGAUGAAGCCCCAGAACAGGAGAGCAUUGGAGUUUUUUUAGGUACAAGAAUGUGUUACUUGAUGGGUUUUCAGUGGUAAUGAAAAGGAGUGAAGUGGAAAGAGAGAUUCUUGGCCCAGGAUGAGAAAAAUCUUUCUUCUGGUGUGAUUGAAUGAGGAAAUGGACAGACUGGAACUACAGGACGAAGUGGUCUCAACCUCUGCUUUGAAGUUCUUUUACACCAUCCAUUCUGGACUUGGAAACUGAGCCUGAAAGCCCAUUAACACUAGCUAUUGAUCUGCAACAACUGAAUGGACAUGAACGGACUCUUCAAGAGAGGGAGUAGUUUAAUUUCUACUGUCUCAUUUAGAAGAAAGAAGAUUUCCACCACCUUCAGACUUCUUGGGAGACCUUGGCGAACAGAGAAACAGACCCAUGCCCCUAGAACACAGGAUUCCCACAAUGACAGAAGAUGUGGCUAGAAAUGCCCUCGUUAGCUUUGUUAAUUCCAAGUGUUGCUAUGGUAAUAAAGCUGCAGGAGAACUGGUCAUUCAGGAUUUGAGGCAGCUGACUUUAUACCGAUAUCGACUGGAGACCUUUAACGAAUCAAGGUUAAGUGAAUGGACUUUUGAACCUUUGACUAGUAACUUGGUAGAUGGACCACAAAAUGGCACUUCUCCUCGGCCAUGGGACAUUAAAGUUCAGACUCCACCACUGUUUCAGGAUGAUACAAGAAAGUUUCGAAUACCUCACUCUUCUUUAGUUAAGGCAUGCCACAAAUGCCAUGGUCAUGGUAGAUACAAAUGCAGUGGGUGCCAGGGUGCAGGCUGGAUGAGGUGCGUUUCUUGCAGUGGAACACGACAGAGGAGAAAGCAGCAAAGGAGGUGUCAGAUGUGUUCAGGGACUGGCCGGAAAAGGUGCAGCACUUGUUCUGGGCGUGGCAAUAAAACCUGUAUGACAUGCCAAGGAGAGAGAAAGCUCUUGCAUUUCAAACAGCUGAUAAUAACUUGGAAGAACAAUGUGUUUGAAUUUGUUUCGGAGCAUCAAUUGGACUUUCCAGGAGAGCUGCUGAGUAAGGUCAAUGGAGAGAACGUAUUUAGAGAUGAAAAUGUUCUGGUGUAUCCCAUUAUUGACUUCCCCAAGCCUGAGAUAUCUCUAGCGUCACAGAGAGCUAUUGCAGAACAUAAUGCAGCAUUCACUGCAUCAUCACGUAUUCUACAGCAGAAUAAAAGAUCCCUGCAGGCAAGAAGUGGAGGUAAAAUCCAACAGUCAAGACAAGACAAAUACAGCAGUCCUUUGAAGGCCCUAUCGCGUCAAACCAUUGAACUGAUCCCCAUCACAGAAGUUCACUAUCAGUAUGCAGGGAAGACCUACCUCUACUUCAUCUAUGGACUAGAAAACAAGGUGUAUACGCUGGACUACCCAGAGAGGUACUGCUGUGGCUGUACUAUCAUAUGACACCUAUGGGAGGCUCCUAAAGAAGAAAUCUGCUGUGUGGAAGCCAACUAGUCUGUGGUUAGACUGGCAGUAUUAGGACUCAUGAUUUCCAGUGGAUGAAUCCAGUGAGGUUAGCGCCAGAGAAAAUGGUAAACUGGCACGACUUGGGUAAUUUGACCAUCGUGUCCUCUGAUCCUGCUAAGGGUGCAAGUGAGAUAGUCUGGGCACGUCCAGAUGAGCACAGACGUUUGUUUCCCUGGGGAAAAGUUUCGGCUCGGAAAAUUUUCUGGUUUCAGCAGCCUUAUCUGGGGCCUUCCUGGGCUGUAGCCAUGGCAGGAAGCCUGGCCGCCAGUCAGAGUGGCUCUGGCCAGCAACGCUCUGGUUUUGGGUGGCGCAUGCUUGUAGGCAGAGGGAGAAAAUAUUAUUUGGGGUGGCUGAGCGCAUGCACUUGCAUGCACCUACAUCCCCCCCAGAAGGUAAGUCUGUCAUGGGGAAGGGGCAUGGGGCAGAUGGAGGCCCCUGCGGUGUGGAAGGCAGUGGGGCAGGGGCUGGGGUGAAUGCAGCCCCAGGGCUGGGGCACGUUUUGAGAUGCUCAGAGCCUGGGCAGCUCAUCCAGGGGCGCGGGGGGCUCCUGCCACUGUGAGCACCCUGGCGGAAGCCCAUGCGGCACAUCCCCCCUGGAUCUGUGCAUAGGGUGGAGGUAUGCUGCCGUGGCAGGCUGGGCUCUGCGCCCCACUGCUGCUACCCUGGGAGUGGUGCGAUGCCAUGUACCUGUUGCUGCUGGGUGGGCAAGGAACAUGGCACAACCAGCGUGGCAGGUACGUGGUGUUGCACUGCUCCUGGGCAGCAGCAGCAGCAGGCUGCAGAGCCCAGCAUGCAGUGGCAGCCUGCCUCUGCCCUGUGCACAGAUCAGGGGGGGAGGACGUGCUUUGCCUCCCCAGGGUGUACACAGUGGUGGGAGCCCCCAGUACCCCUGGAUGAGUUGCCCAGGCUCCGAGCAUCCCACAACCUGCCCUGGACCUGGGGCGCCAUUCACCCCAGCCCUUUCCCCUGUCCCUGCCCCACUCACUGUGGGGGCCUUGAUCUGCCCCCUGCCCCAUCCUUUCCCCAUGACAAACUUACCUGCUGUGGUGGGCAGUGCUCUACACACCCCUGAGUUGUUGCAGGCUGCGGCUCUGUAUCUGAAUCUGUGCAUGCCCCUCCCCCUGCUGAAGCCAUCCAGAGCCCGUGCCUGGGCUGCCCUGUGGCCCUACCCAUUGCCCUGUGUUUGGGGGAGCUGAGCCCCAUUAGCCCCGGCCUUCCAUUACCUAUGUGAACGUUGCUGCCAUGUGCAUUGUCCUGCUUUUUUUUGUGUGGGUAUUUUUCAACCUGGGAUCUCUCAGGGUAAAAAAAGCCCCUGCAUUGCAAAGUAGCAGUACAGGGAAUGUCUGCAUGCCACACACCUCAUGUCUGUGCUCGUCUGGGUGUGCCCUUUGGGGGUAACUCCUGAGUCUCAUUUACUGCCUGGUUUAACUGGUGCUGUCCCAUCUUCAUAACUCCCCACCCCUCCGCCCAACAUGGAACUGCCUGGAACUUCACCAGAGAUGAAGCCAGCAAAAAGAAAAAACAAUCACUACCAAGAAACAAAAUUAGGAACAUGACAUGCAUACAGGAAAUGCUUAUUAGCAGUUCAGAGCCUUAUCCAUUCCACUAAAGCCAAUGGAAAGACUCCUAUUGAUAUCAAUGGAUCAUUCCUUCAAAGAAAUGUUUCUACCUGAGAAACAUUUUGUUGUUCUUGUAUCGUAUUUUCAAAGACUUGUUUUAUCAGUCAAGUUAUGCUGCCUCAGACCGGUACCUUUCCUUAUUUUUCUUUCUUGCUCUUUACUUUAUAUAUAAUCUCAGGAAAUUCUAAUAUAAUCUACAGUAAAAUUUAUAUACAAUUUCAAUAAAAUAGAAUUAGACUAUGAGUUCUACCAUAAAAGAAAAUACUUAGUUUGUCUGAUGUAUGGCAAAACUUCUGUGAUACUUUUCAUACAAAAAUAAAUAGCAUUUUCGGGGA